AUGAUAUUAUUUGGCAGCCUCCGUCGCUGGCAGCCAAGAGUUGUCGUUGACAUUGCGCAACGCUGUGCGAACAGCACCUUGUCCAGCGCCAAAGCCGAUAAUGAAGUCAGUGCGACUGUGAAGCGAAUUCGGCAGGAACUGGCCCAGGAUAAACAAGAAUUGAGCUGGCGGACGCCAAUUGGUGAUCGGCCGGAGGAUUGGAAUAGCAAACUGAAACUAUUCUCGAACUCAGAGCAAACAUCCGAUUUUAUUGUGAUGAUGCAACGACCCAUCGAUCUGAGCCCCACCAACAUGAAGCAAUGGUGGACAAAGCGGCAGGAGCGCAUCGAGCGCCACAUGCAGCAGUUUAUACCCGAACGCCACAAGAUUCUGGGGCCCGAGUUGGCAGCAGCCCAUUUUGUUUUGUAUCGAGGCGGUGCGGCAAAGUUCUUGAAUGAUCAGCGAUGGCAUCGCGCCUCCACCGAUGGUGAAUUCAAUCUGCCCAACAAAUUUCAACCCGGCUACAAGCUGGAGGCGUUGCGCUGUGACAAUAUGACGCUUUACUACGAGGGUCUGGAGAAUUUGCGUUGCUUGGAGCACCUAAAAUUCUUGUCGUUUCACAAUGUGGGCACCUUUGACGAUUGGUGUCUGGAUCGUGUUGCUGGCGGCGACUAUCCGCACCUUGAGGUGCUGGACGUGUCGGGCACGGCAAUAACAGAAAAAGGACUCGCCUGCCUCCAUCGACUGCCUCGGUUAAAGCUUCUGAUUAUUGACGAUCCCAAGCAGACGCUCGAAAUGGAAUUGGCCACCUCCAUGCUGGAGUUGGCUAUGGCGUCGCUCAAAGUGAUGGCAGCAGAUAGCAUACAUUAAGUUUUGUCGAGACAUAUAUGAUUUUAUCAAACUAUUUAUAAAAAUAUCACAAUUA